UUUAUAUAACAAGGAAAAUUCUGCAACAUCACAUUAGAAAAUAAAAAUGAUCAAACCUUAAUUUCUCCACUUCUUAAAUAUUGGUUUUAUUAAGACUUCCAGAAAGAUUUACCCUGUCACACUUUCAAAUGGAGAUCUCAAACACAUUCCUAAUUACUCUCCUUCUAACCAGUUCUUGUUUGACUGCAUUUUAGAAGGAGCUUCAUGCACGGCAUUCCUAUCCAUUUACUUGGCCAUAGAAUUGUUGACUGGUUUCAGAAAAACCUUGGUUGUUGUUUUUAAACUGACAAAUAAUAACAAAGAAUACAAAAUUGAACCAACUCAAGUUAGAGCUACUCUUUAAAUCCUGGUUAAGAGUCCACUGAUAUUCUUUUAUCUCACAGGAACAACUCUUUAAUACCUUGAAGAAAUGAGAAGAGCAUAAUUAACUUUUUUUAAAAGCCUUAUAAUGUGUUUUAAGAGUUGCUAGACCUAGUAUCCCUCGUGCCCGUCCCUCCUCUACUCUUCUGCUGUAUUCCUGGCUAUUCUUGCUUAUUUGUUUCUCCAUGUAAAUUUUAGAAUCAGUUUGUCUGCCAGGGGCUUUUUUGGUGGGUUUUUUUUUUUUUUUUUUUUUUUGUAACUCCCAGGUGAUUUUAAUGAGUUGCCAGCAUUAAAAACCACUGCUGGCCAUUCACCUUGACUCUCUCUAUUCCUUACUUCCUUGGUUGCAUGUGAAAAUGACAUCCAGGCUCACCUGUGCUUUUUUAUUCCAGAUGAAGGGAAAAGCUGGAAGUGUGCCACACAAUGAGAAGCAAAAGCAGGAGGGACACAUCUGGGGUUCCAUGAGGAGGACGGCUUUCAUCCUGGGCUCUGGCCUUCUCUUGCUUGUGGCCCUCUGGAACUCAGUCACAUGGCAUCUUCAGAGAUUUUGGGGUGCUUCUGGCUACUUCUGGCAAGCCCAGUGGGAGAGGCUGCUGUCUACAUUCGAAGGGAAGGAGUGGCUCCUCUACAUUCUAGGUGCCACCCAGGUGCCCGUUCUGUUUUUCUGGACCGUCAGUGGACUUCUACUGGUGGUUGACACAACUGGAAAGCCUAACUUCAUCUCCCGCUACCGAAUUCAGGUCGGCAAGAAUGACCCUGUGGACCCCACGAAACUACGCCAGUCUGUCCACAUGGUUCUCUUCAACCAGUUGGUGAUCUCUUUCCCCAUGAUGGUCUGGCUCUAUCCCAUCCUCAAGUUGGGGGGAGACCCCUGCCGCCGAGAGCUACCUACCUUCCACUGGUUCCUCCUGGAGCUGGCGGUCUUCACGCUGAUUGAGGAAGUGCUGUUCUACUACUCACACCGGCUCCUUCACCACCCAAAACUCUACAAGAAAAUCCACAAGAAACACCACGAGUGGACAGCUCCCAUUGGUGUGAUCUCUCUCUAUGCACAUCCUAUUGAGCAUGUGGUCUCCAACAUGCUGCCGGCGAUGGUGGGUCCAAUAGUCAUGGGUUCCCACUUGUCCUCCAUCACCAUUUGGUUUUCUUUGGUCCUCAUCAUCACCAUCAUCUCCCACUGUGGCUACCACCUACCCUUCUUGCCUUCACCUGAAUUCCAUGACUACCACCAUCUCAAGUUCAACCAGUGCUAUGGGGUGCUGGGGGUGCUGGACCACCUCCAUGGGACUGACACUGUGUUUAAGCAGACCAAGGCCUACGAGAGACACAUGAUCCUGCUGGGCUUCACCCCACUCUCCGAGAGCAUCCCUGAUCCCCCGAAGAAGAUGAACUAAGACACGGCCCGAGUGCCAUCCUAGCCGUGCCCUCUGCAGAGGUCUGCUAAGGUGGCCUGAGGCCUCCUGGUCGCACUGACCAACUCACUCCUUCAGCCACGCACUCUGAUGACAAACCACAAGGGCAAGGGGAAGGUCAGCUUCCUGGAAAAGCAGGCCCAAGGAGGGGACCAGGGCUCCCCCAACUACCCCUAUCAUCCCAAAGGGGACCAGGGAUUGGCGUAACGAAAAAUAUAACUCCCUGGAAUGGAGGCCAGUCAGAGGGAAGAAGCCACUUUGAGAGGGCUCCUGGGGGGUCCCCCUUGUCCUCUGCUGUGGAAGGGGAGAGGGACACCAGAUGACUCCUUGGUAGCCCUGGCAAGACAGAGAAUGACAAAGGUGGCAGGAGGCCAUGUGGCUCCAGCCAUAGGUCCUCCUGAUGCCAGGGGGUGGGAGAACCAGAAGAUACUGCUUUGCCCCUUCCUGUCCCCAAAAGCCUCUCUCAUUCUCUACUCAGGCCAGGGCCAGGACACCCUGGCAACGGUUCUGGGAUCAAAUCCCCACUGCUUCCCAACGCACACACGCACACGCACAGACACGCAGUGUGAUAAAGACCCCACUUCAACUCUGCCCCACUGCAACUGGACAUCACCCCUCUCUGAAAAGGAAACUACCAAUCACAGGAG